AUGAGAACAUUAUUAGGGCUUGCUUUGUUUCUUCUGGUGAUUUUCACGAAGCAAGGGGCCAGCCAAACAGCGGGCAGCUCUCUGAAAUUGUACGUGGACUCUCUUCCUGCGAUCCCCAAGAUCUAUGGAUACUCCAACGAAAGCGGUACUCCAAAAUCGACGACGCUCACCAUUGGCAUGUUUGCCAAGAAAUGGGUAAAACUCGCGCACUUUCCCCUUCAACAAGAGAGGACGGCAGGUGGAAUAGACAGUCUAACAUAAGAUUUGACCGAACAAUGAAGAGACGAAGAAUAGGGUUUUUACUGACUUGGUAAACGCAUCGUAUUGAUUCUAUUAUCAAAAAUAUGGAGAUCAGGCCGAUUUUGCGGGUUUUAACUUGACCCACAAAAAUUAUUAGGGCUCGUACCAGAAGAACUUUCCGUAAAGUUUCGUUCCUUCGAAAGAUUUUGCUCCAACGAAGUCACCCUUGCCAGAGGGACUUACUGGUCUCUCCAUCAACGGCGACCGUCAGGACCAAAAACUCUCCCAGGCCUAGGUCACCCAAGGAGAACGGCGAAGUCCUAUGAUUUGUCAACCCUCUCAGGGUUGACAUGCGUGGAAUAAAGUAUACCUACCCUCUCUGGGCUUGCCCGUAUCAAAUUGAGAAUUCAAAAAUCAGGCAUAUAGUUUAGAAAUACAUUUUGGACUGCAUAUUCCCAUGCUUGUAGGCGGCCAGAUUGCGAUUAACCUUUAGAUAGUACAAAUUCUAACCAAGUCUUUGUUAUAAACGAUCGAUCGCUUCUUCUCUUUUCUUUCAGAAAUUCCACCGGGACCUGCCGAGCACGACGGUCUUCGUCUUCGGCACGAGCGCCGACACCGCCACCUUCCCAGGACCGGUUAUUGAGGCUCUCCAAGGGGUACCCCUGUACGUAAAGUGGGAGAAUCACCUUCCUCAGGCCCACAUCCUACCGUGGGACAAAACGAUCCCCACCGCUAUCCCCAGGAACGCCGGCGUUCCCGCAGUGGUGCACCUCCAUGGCGGCGUGAACGAGCCGCAGAGCGACGGCAGCGCCUUCGCCUGGUUCACUCCCGGCUACCGCGAGAAGGGAGAGGCAUGGUCAAAGGAAGUCUACACCUACCCUAACGUGCAGCACCCCGGGAACCUCUUAUACCAUGACCACGCCCUCGGGCUUACAAGGAUCAACCUUUUGGCUGGGCUUCUUGGCGCCUACGUUAUCCGAAACCCUAAGGUUGAGCAUCCCUUCGGAUUGCCCUCCGGCGAUCUGUACGACCGGCACCUCAUCCUCGCUGACCGGAGCUUCAACGCGGACGGAUCAAUUUACAUGAACAAGACGGGGAAUAACCCAUCCAUUCACCCGCAGUGGCAGCCUGAGUACUUCGGCGACGCCAUCGUGGUCAACGGCAAGGCCUGGCCGUACCUCAAGGUCCGCCGGCGGAAGUACCGCUUCAGAAUUACCAACGUCAGCAACGCCAGGCACUUCCUUCUCGCCCUUUCCAACGGGCUACCGUUUAUCGUCGUGGGUUCCGACUCAUCCUACCUCUCGGCCCCUGUGAGGACGGCGACGAUCCUGCUGGCCCCAGCCGAAGGGUUCGACGUCGUCAUCGACUUCUCCAAGGCCACCGCAGGCGAGGCGGAGCUCACAAACAGCGCUCCCUACCCGUACCCUGGGGGAAUAGCCACCGACCUGCCCAACAGCAGGGUGAUGAAGUUCAUCAUCGCGGCAGGGAAUGCGAAAGACGAGUCGAGGAUCCCCACCAACCUCGCGAGUUAUUCGGCAGCGAAGACCAGCGACGCGUCAGUGAAGAGGUAUUCUCAGACAAUCCAGCCGUUCAACGCAGAAUUAAGGGCAGUAUGGAGGUAUAUUUUUGUUUAGAAAAUCGUAUUAAAUGUAGGAUAAUAUGCCGACAGGUACAUCACCCUGUACGAGUACAUGAGCGCCACCGAUGGGCCCACCCACCUGUACAUCAAUGGCAAGAGGUUCACGGACCCGGUGACGGAGAAGCCGAAGGCGGGAAGCACGGAGGUGUGGGAGGUGAUCAACCUCACCGCCGACCAUCACCCGCUGCACAUCCACCUCGCAGUGUUCCAGGCAAUUAAGGCGCGGGAGAUCGUUGACCUGGAGACGUUCAAGAACUGCAUGACCCAGUUCAAAGACGCCGUCAAGUGUAACAUCUCCUCCCACGCCACCGGAAAGAUCCUGAACAUACCCGCCCAUGAGAAGACGUGGAAGAAUGUGGUGAAGAUCGAGCCUGGCCACAUGACCACCAUCGUCGUCAAGUUCCGCCUCGUCGACACCGACGAACCAUACCCCUUCGACGCGACGGCCCAGCCCGGUUACGUCUACCACUGUCAUGUAAGUCUUCCAACGAUGAAUCUCUAAAGAAUUCCGAAGGCACUACGCCAACAAAUCUUGACUACUAUGAAUAUGUGAAAAUUUUGAGCAUGUUCUAUGCGAUUUCUCUUACUCUGCUCCUUCGCUGCACAUCAAUCUCGUAAACAGAUUCUUGAUCAUGAAGACAACGAGAUGAUUCGUCCGAUGAACCUAGUCAAGUGA